AUGGAGUUUUUUCGAAAAAACGUGCCAUUACCUACAUCUGAUACACUAGAGAAGAACCGAUUUUGCUUGGGGACUGCUCAGGCUGCCACAGCAAAAUACUACAGAAUGGGUGACUCAAACAACAGAAUUUACUUAUCUCAUGGUUCUAGAGGCUGGAAGUCCAUGAUCAAGGUGCUAGAAAAUUCAGUUUCUAGUGAGAGCUCUCUUCCUGGCUUGCAGAAAACACCUUCUCUAUGCACCCUCAAUGGUCUUUCCUCUCAAACUGCUUCUUUCAAACAGCAAAGAACUGGCAAUGUUGACUAUGGCUACAGAAGUAAGGAGACCGAAGGCAUUCCUAAAAAUCUGAAGUCUUUCCAGAAAAUCCAAGUCCGGGUAGUGCGUGAGCUGCAGAAAAAGUUCAGUGGGAAGCACGUGGUCUUUAUUGCUCAGAGGAGAAUUCUGCCUGAGCCAACUCUAAAAAGCCAUACAAAAAAUCAGCAAAAGCGUCCCAGAAGCCGCACUUUGACCGCCGUGCACAACGCGAUCCUGGAGGACUUGGUUUUCCCAAGCGAGAUUAUGGGCAAGAGAAUCCAUGUGAAACUGGACAGCAGCCGGCUCAUAAAGGUUCACUUGGAUAAAGCACAGCAAAACAAUGUGGAACACAAGGUGGAAACCUUCUCAGGCGUCUAUAAGAAGCUCACGGGCAAGGAUGUUAACUUUGAGUUCCCAGAGUUUCAAUUGUAGACAAAAUGAUUAAAUAAAACAUUGACAGUAAAAAAAAAAAAAAAAAAGAAAAAAAAAGAA